ACACUGGGCUCACCUAGGGGUGAAAAAAUAUCGAUUGUGCAUGGGUUUGUUUUAUAUUUAAACAGCAUUUUGCAAAAUAGCCCCUCUUUCCGAAGAUCAACAAGCCUAAAGUAAUAAAUUUAAUAAAAAGCCCCACCUAGUUGUUGCUGCAUUUUUUGGGUGUGUGCGUUGUAUUUGUUUACUGACAAUCCCCAGAAAAGAAACUCCUCUGCUCCAACUGCGAUCCCUCGAGACCCAGGACAGCAGCAUGCGCGAACUUAACAAGCAGCAGUCGCAGGACACCACGGACUCGGGCGUCGAAAAGGGCGACUAUCCGCGGGCCACCAAUGGCGUGGUCUUCGGCGCCAUAGUUACAUUCGCCAGCUUUUUCGUGCUGAUGAUGUCCUUUUGCUCGCCGUACUGGAUCGAGUCCUACGAGGAGACGCGGGCCAGCUUCAAGAACAUGGGCCUGUGGCAGUACUGCUUUAAGGACUUCGUGUACCCCAAGUACGCGUUCUUGAAGCAGUUCACCGGUUGCCACAACAUCUUCUCGCACGAGUAUUACGUUAUCCGUGAGUAUCUGCUGCCCGGCUGGCUCAUGGCGGUGCAGGGCUUCGUGACCAUGUCCUUCAUCAUCGUGUUCCUUGUGCUGGCCCUGCUCUCGCUUACCAUCAUCCGACUGCCUCUUAAGGCCGUUCUGCAGUACGAGUGGCUGCUCGUCCGCCUCUCCUACAUGGGCACCGCCAUCUCGUCUCUGUUCAUGUUUUUGGCCGUAUGCAUCUUCGGGGGCUGCGCCUACCGCCGCGACUGGAUGAUGUACCCCAAGUUCAACGUGCUGGGCUGGUCCUACGCCCUGGCCGUUGUCACCUUCAUGCUCCUUGGUCUAGCCGCUCUGAUCCUGCAGCGCGAGGCCCGGCAAGCCUACGACGCCCGCGGCGAGCAGAAGAACCUGGUAAUGCAAAUGGAGAUGCAGGAGCCGGGUUACCAGCCGCCGCGCCACCACCACAGCCAGUCGCGGAGCCUGCAGGGCUACAUAUAACAGCUGUCCGCCCGACUUCCAUACAUUCCGUUCCGAUUGGAUCUUAGCUUAAGUUUUCAGACGCAAUCUCGUGCCUCGAAUCUGCGCAAUCGACGCCGUCCAUAGUGCCUUUAACAAUCGACCAUAUGUAUCUAUAUACACGCCGACUCAGCCGAGAUCAGCUCGUAUCCGUUUGUAAUUGUAUUAAAUAGCACGUACAGCUAAACGUAAGAUCAGUGCGACCAAAAAGAUCCACUAACUUUUUACACAUCUACCAUUAUACUUUUUAUAUAGGCUCAAAAAUGUUUACAGCUUAAAUUUUUAGACCAUAUUCCACCUUUUAUAAGCAAACUGGUGUAGAGACAUAUCAACAUUGAAUUAAAUGUAUUAUUUGAACUUGCG